AUGUCAGUUAUUAGUUUUGGAGUAAAUAAACAAUCACAAUUAGGUCAUGCAUUGGAAAAGGAUCAUCUUGAUCCAUCUGUCAUUCAGAAUUUGAGUGGUAUGAGAAUAGUCAUGUCGGCGUGUGGUGAAGCACAUAGUUUGGCAGUGACAGAGUUUGGUGAUGUAUAUAGUUUUGGAAGAGGUCGUGAAGGACAACUUGGACAUCCAGAGAAAUACAAUACCGCUCAUCCCAACGUAAUCACUGCAUUGGCUCACGAAAGAAUCACUAGAGUUGCUUGUGGUAACUUUCACUCUCUUGCUCUCACCGAUACUGGCAAGAUAUAUGAAUGGGGACAAUUACAUGAGAUUGACAAGUCUGCUAAAGGUCUUGAAGCUCCAUCUGGUUUAAUUGAAAUGAAAGGUAUUGGAUUUGCAAGUAGAAUUGCAGAACAAUCAUUAUCACAAUAUUUAAGUGGAGACAAGGCAGCAUAUGACCCAACAUCAAAGAAUAUUAGUAAUGUUAAUUCACAAAGCGCACAAAAUGAAGAUGCAGAGGAUUUAACCAACAAGGAUGAAGAAUUUGACGCAGCUGCUGGCAGCGGCGGCGACGACAGUCAAAACGAACAAAAAGGUAAACAUAUUGGAAAGAUUGUCGAUCGCGUUCAAUUGACACCACUAUUGGUUGGAUCAAUCAAGAAUCAACAAGUAGUUGAUAUGUCUGCAGGUUGGGCAUACUCUGCAGCUGUCACCAAAUCUGGCAAAGUAUUCACAUGGGGAUUUAAUGAAAAAGGACAACUUGGUCUUGGUGACAGAUGGUUUCACGGUCUACCACAACAAGUAAAGUUUUUCACCAAUGUACAUAUCGUCUCUGUUAGUUGUGGUCGUCAACAUAUCGGUGUCAUCUCUGAUCAAGGUGAUCUAUUUACUUGGGGUUUAGGUGUUUUUGGUCAAUUAGGUCAUGGUAAAUUGAAAUCAUGUUUACAUCCAAAAAAAGUAUUAGCAUUUAGUGAAGCAGAUCAAUUAAAUCAAAAAGUUAGACAAGUUGCAUGUGGAGCCAAUUUUACAAUGGCUUUGACUGUUGAUGGUCGUUUAUGGUCGUUUGGACAUGGAGAGUAUGGUCAAUUGGGUGCAACUGAAGAGAACCAAUACCGUGAUUGGAAUAGAGGUGGCAAUGGAAAUGGCAAUGAAAGAGAGGCACAUCUUCAAUACGCUGUGCCACAACAAGUAGAGGCAUUGGCUAGUGUCAAGGUCAAACAAGUUACAUGUGGUCAUUUACAUACUAUUGUCGUCACCGAGGACAACGAUGUCUAUAGUUGGGGUUGGGGUGCAAGUGGGUGUCUUGGGUUUGGUGACCGCAAGUUCCAAUUGGUCCCACAAAGAGUACCAGCAUUGUCGGGUGAAAUUGUUUCAUCUAUAUCGGCCGGUGAAAAACACUCGUUGGUUGUGAGAUCAACCGAUACUACCACCUUUGCAUUUGACUAUCGUAACUUGUUGAAUGAUAAAAAACAUAGUGAUAUUGUGUUUUUGGUACAAGAUAAAAAGGUGUAUGCCAACAAAUUCAUUAUCAAGUCGAGAUGUCCAAGAUUGUAUUCAACUAUCUUGCUCGACAAGAGAUAUGGUAUGUUGCAAGAUUUGAGUGGACAAGAUAAACCAAUGCGUCAAAUCACCAUUGCCAACGUCAAAUACCAAGUUUGGACAUCGUUCCUAACCUAUCUCUACACCGAUCAUUUGGUCAUCCCACCACAUCUCCGUAAAGAGUUGGCAGACGUUGCCGUGAAAUGGGGUGUGUCCAGACUUGCCAGUCUCUGUCUUCGUUACAACUAUCGUCUUCGUAUGGCCGAGGGUAUCCCACCAUCAACCUUUUCACAUGACAUUACUCAACAUCUUGGAUCGUUCGACUACACCGACAUCAACUUUCAAUUAAUCAGUAGUUCUGAUAUUAUCCCAUCUCAUAAAUGUAUUUUAGCUUCAAGAAAUCCUUAUUUUAAAACAAUGUUUGAAUGUGGAUUUAGAGAAAAGGAUCAAGUUGAUUUCAAAGUUGGAGAUGAUAUUGAUAAAGAGACAUUCAAGACAAUGAUUGAAUAUAUUUAUGGUAGUAAUGAUAGUAUUGUCAAUCAAGACAAUGCAGUUGAUUUAUUGUGUCUUGCCGAUCGAUUCAUGGUACAAGAUUUAAAGUUGGUCACUGAACAUUACCUCAGACAAAUUGUACAAUCAAACAAUUCAAUGAUUAAAUUAUUUAUAAGUCAACAAAAACAACAAGAAAAAUCAAAUAAUAAUAAUAAUAAUAAUCAAUCUCCAUCUCCAACUCCAUCUACUACUACUAUUGCAACUGGUGCAUCUGGACAAGAACAAAUGGCAACUGAAUUAUUGUUAUUGUCAACAUCUCCAACAAGUUCUAUUGAUGCACCAUUAACACCACCAUCACCAAAAGAGGAAGAAGAGGAAAUCAUUACAUUGGAAGAUGCCAAGAUUGCCUUUGACAAUAUUUGUCUACUUUUACAAGUGGCCGAUAGAUUCCUUGCCAAGAGAUUAAAGUCUGUCUGUAUGGAAACCAUCUCACAACUAUCUGCCUCUUCACCCGAACAUUUCAACGUAUUUAACAAGUCCAAUGAAACACUCAAAGUGAUUCGAUGUGCUUCACCUAGUCUCAUCAGAGAAUUAGAUCAUUACGCAUCUGCCAACUAUGGUCAAGCACCAAAUUAUAUAAUGACAUUGACUCGUUAA